UACUGGCCGCCCACUGAAGAUGGCGGCGGAGCUGCAUCCGCGGAGCGGAAAGCUGAUCGGCCUGUCUAACUCCAACCGAACCGCCCGGCGCAACCAGCCAGUCCAGGAGUUUAACCAUGGCCUGGUGCUUAGUAAGGAGCCGCUGAGGGACCGGGAUGUCUUCACCGUCCGUAUUGACAAGAAGUGCCUGAGCUUAGCUGCAAUCACAGCAGACCAGACAAGUUCCCCGACAACCUGGAGCCUGACACAGGUAAGUGGGAAUCCUCCUCAGAUCAUUGGAUGGAUGUGUAUGACCAGUAGUGACGUCUUCCUCUCUCUCUUAUGAUAUUAACUACCGUAUGUAUUAAUUAAUGAUAUAAUUAACUGCUGAAUGUAUUUGUAUACUACUGUCAAGAAGUGUUAUGUACUGAAUGUAUACUAUGCUCGGGUAAAAAGUGAGUGAAAGCAUGCUAGAGGUACGCUCCUCCACAAGAGGGCGACUGAAGAGUCACUAGGAUGACAUCAGCACUAAGGUGUGGACAAGCCUAUAUGCCAACAAGGGGCCAAUAGGACCUGGCCCCAGCCAACCAAUGAGAAGAGGACUCCUCCAGAAAUGACAGCAUUUCAUCUCGUUGUGUCGGAGCGGCCGGUUGGUCAUCACCACGCUGUUAUUAUCACUCCUCCUCGUGGGGGAGCAGCAGUGGAACAGGGACAACAGGAGGAGGGGGUUCUGGAGAAAGUGGAAGUACUAACAACACUCUUGCUGGUAACGGAGGGGUGGGGCUGGCGGCUGUGACAGGUGUGAUGACCACCAACGACGCGCUGCUCUUGUGGCACACUAGUCAAACUGAGCAACAACAACAAGACUGCUGGACGAGUUCAAUAACGGCGUGGUGAUGACCAACCGGUCGCUCCGACACGAGAUGUUUGAGGUGUUUACAAUCACACGACUCGUACAUGAAAACUAUAGUUUUGUGGGACCAACAGAUCAUUAUAUUAUAAGUACAGUAGCAUAUUCUUACAUUUCGAGAACCAGCAAACAUGUGGCGUCUCGACGCGAUGAAUGAUUUCAAAUGUCAAUGUAUUAAUUUGAUUUCCAGCUGUUUUGAGCACGACUAGAAGAUGAGAUAUUUUAGUUGCUAGUAAUGUCAAUAUGAUGCAGGCACAGACAAAGAAUCAGAAACAUUUUACUGUUAUUCAUUCAUGAAAAUUAAAUAAACAUUUAACCCUCU